UGCGGAGAUCAGAGCGGUGCGAAUUUUCCUGGGAACUACUCGUGAUCGUGACCCUUUUGGGGGGAGUUACUGCUUCGAGGGGUUUUAGGCUCGACUGAUGAAAUAGUUUUUGGUUUGAGGAGGUGGUUCGCAAGUGGAAAUUCUUACAAAUCGUGUGCGCGCAGAUCAUUAGCGAUGGUGAAGUGUUCUGAUUUCUAUAAGAGGAACUCGAGUCCGAUGCACCUGCUGCAUCUAUCACGUCAGAUGUUGCACACGCGGCCAGGCCUGAUGUUUCGUCCCCUUCAGCAAGCGCGUUAAUUAAGGACUGAAAUCGAUGCGGCGUUAGGAGGAGGGGUUGGUUCAUGCACCAUGAUCGUUAGCGCUGACGCAUUUAGUCGAUGACUGCAGGAAGCGCUGGAGGCUCAUGAUGGAGUCAGCAAGGGGAAGUAAACAAUUGGGCUUGGGCAAGAUUGCAUGGCUUUCUGCAGUGAUGUGGAAGAUGUAAUCUCUAUGAGCGCUCUGGCUGUUAUGCAAAAUGGAAAUGAAGAGAAAUUCUCUCAGCUUGACAGUUGUCGCGUCGUUGCUGCAAAAGUACAACGUUGAUCCUAAGCUAAUUGGCCGCUUGGAGGUUGGCAGCGAGACAGUGAUAGACAAAAGCAAGUCCAUCAAAACAUGGCUGAUGCAAAUUUUCGAGGAAAGUGGUAAUACUGACAUUGAAGGAGUUGACUCGAGCAACGCAUGCUAUGGUGGAACAGCUGCCCUGUUAAACUGUCUGAAUUGGGUGGAGAGUAAAUCAUGGGAUGGACGUUAUGGCCUUGUCGUUUGCACAGAUAGCGCAGUUUGUCACCCUAAAUCACCUAGUUGUCAAUGUUUUCGUUAUAUCCAUUUUGUCCCAGUGCAACAUUUAGCACUCAACUGUCUUAUGCAAUUAUUUAUGUUCAGGUUUUAUCCAGAAGGACCAGCUCGUCCUACAGGGGCUGCUGCUGCUAUUGCAAUGCUUAUUGGUCCAGACGCUCCUAUCUCACUUGAAAGAAAAUAUAGAGCUUCUCACAUGGCUCAUGCUUACGAUUUCUACAAGCCAGAUCUUGCUAGUGAAUACCCGGUUGUUGAUGGAAAGCUAUCUCAAACAUGCUACCUGAUGGCUCUGGAUUCAUGUUAUAGACGAUUUUGUACCAAGUAUGAAAAGCUAGUGGGACAGCAAUUCUCAAUAUCCGAUGCAGAUUAUUGUGUGUUUCAUUCUCCAUAUAAUAAGCUUGUGCAGAAGAGUUUCGGUCAACUUUUCUUCAAUGAUUUCAUGCGCAACUGCAGGCUGGCCAACGAAUCAUCAUGUUCUCUUAUGGCAGUGGCUUGACAUCUACAUUGUUCUCAUUGAGAUCACAUGAGGGCCAGCAUCCCUUCAGCCUAGCAAACAUUGCAUCUGUGCUUGAUGUUACAGCAAAGCUCGAGUCAAGAUAUGUGACAUCACCUGAGAAGUUCGUCGACACACUGAAGCUGAUGGAACACCGUUAUGGAGCAAAAGAUUUUGAGACAAGCAAAGGCAUAAGCCUGUUGCUACCUGGUACAUUCUACCUUACAAAAGUCGAUUCCAUGUAUAGGAGGUUCUAUGACAAGAAGGCGUCCGAUGACAUUGUUGGGGGGAAAAUCAAGGUCAACGAUGGCAUAGCAAAUGGCUUAUAGUGGCGAAAACAUAUAACAAAAUAAUGUUGCUAGAUCGUUGGCAUUAUUAACUGUAACUGCUGUUCAGUUUGAUGUAUUAUGUUCAGAAUUCCCAGUUUAGCCAUCCUGUAAAUGAUUAUUCUCUGAAACUA